ACUCCAUUAAACAACCACUUCAUUUCAAAAACAAACAUUGCGAUUCAUUGAUCAACCAACGAAAAUCUGAAGAAAAUGGCGAAACGAUUGAAGAGAACUAAUCCUAUCUGCUCCUGCAACUCUCCUCGUGCUUCUUCCUUCUUCUCUCUUCGCUCUUCCUUCUCCUGGUUUGAAGAUGAUAUGUGGAUUGAGAUAGCAAAAUACCUAGAUGGAAGGUCACUGGUGAUGCUUGCAACUACUUGCAAAUGGUUCUACAAGAAUCUAUCAGAAGAGUGCGUGUGGAAGUUCGCUUGCUUACGCGAUCUAAGGGUUCCUGAUCCAGGAUAUGUGUCUUUUAAGUGGAAGAAACUCUAUGCCUCAGCUUUUGAUGGGAGUCACUCUUACUUGUUUCGCCAGCAGGAGAAACACAUAGAUUGGAUUCGUAUUGGUGCAUUUUUCCUAGAAUCAUCAGCAGCUAUUGUGACCGAGAAGCUGAUUUGUCCUCCUCGGAGGAUCCCUCAGAAGGAGACUCUAGAACAGAUGUUGCAAUCCCGCGGAUUGUGUGUGCUCACCAACAUCAAAACUGGAAUCUGGAUAGCUGAUUUGCAGCUUGUUCGUUGCCCCGUUUGUGACCUUGAUACAUGUGAUGGUACAAUGCAGACACUAGAUGCAAGGAACUUUGAAUUAUUCUUGCAUGAGGAUUACCAAGAUGGAAGCUGGGAUUACACACAAAUUGGUUCACAUGAGACUAAAAAGCAUCUGGAUGGAGCUUCUGGUGCCAUAUUUGACAUGAAACACCUCAAAGACGCUUCCACUGCAGCGGUUUUCAACACAAAGUCGUGGAUUGGAAAACGAAACGACUGGCAGCCAAAGGCCAAGGUCACUCUUCAUGCUGUCGCAGUCAACACCAAUUUACAACAAAAUGAAGGGAUAAAUGUCAAAUUCCAUGUCAUGAGAGCCGCAACUGAUGGCCAAAUCAUGGCGAUAAGAGUCUCUCAACAGCUCCUGUAAAUCCUGCUGCAAAAAUACGAGCUAGGCCACAAUUGAAGUACCUCACUGCUGAAAAUUUUGAGAAACAGAACUUUUCCUCCCACAAUUAUAUGCACUCUCAUCGAAGUACCUCACUAUCCUCAUUUCUUAGUCCAUCCUUUUCACCAGCUCCAAUCAUAGUCGAUCUAUCAACUUCCAUUACAACUAUAUAAGUAGCUAAGAACUAAGAAGUAACUCAUACGUUAGUAAACAAACGAUUAUACUAUUAUACAGAGAGAAAUCUGAAAGUCCAGAAGGGAGGUUUCAAGUAUUGCUUUUGACCUAUAGAUUUUUAGCUAUUAUAGUAAGCUUUACUCAAUUAGAUAUUCAGUCACAUAAGACCUUGUAAUUCUGAUUAUCAUAGUUUAAUCUUCUUCGUUCAUUCGACACAAAAUCCCUAAACUUCGAGAGAAAUCAAAGAGAGGUCGACUCUUUAUUUGUUUAUAAGCUACAUUCAGGAUGUAUCACAUUCAUUUUU